UUACAGUCAGUGGUUUCUAUUUGGGAAAAUGAAGCUAGUUAGCUAGCGGAUCAACCUGAAUGCGGUGACAAUCUAAACAAGAGUUUCCUCUAAAUAAAAGUGCGCGGGCGGUGACACAGUUUAUCAGAGUGUACAUAAAAAGCAGGACCUCUACACCGUUUUCCGUUGAACGUGGACAACGCUCUCCCCAGGGGAAAUAAGCUGGUUGGCACUGUUAGCUUCCCGGUAACUGUAAUUAGCUAACGUUAGCUAGCUGGCUGACAAGCUAAUAACAACAACAAGAACAACACGGCUCUGGAGCUGUCUGCAACCAGACAUUCAUGAACAUGGCGGAGUCAAGUGACAUAACUGAAGUCACGGUGAAGACUCUGGACUCUCAGAGCAGGAGCUUCAAAGUCAGAGGCGAGCUGACAGUGAAGCAGUUUAAGGAGCACAUAGCAUCAUCAGUGGAGAUCCCAGUGGACAAGCAGAGGCUCAUCUACCAGGGCAGAGUGCUGCAGGAUGACAGAACACUGACUGAGUACAAUGUAGAUGGGAAGGUGAUCCACCUGGUGGAGCGUGCCCCCCCUCAAACCACCACAUCCUGCUCUGGGGGUGCAGGAGUGUCCACUGAAGGGGCAGAGGGUGGAAGCAGCACCAGCCAUGCCUCCACCUCCUCCCAGGGUGCACCACAUGACCGCAAUGGCAACAGUUACGUCAUGCUGGGAACCUUCAACCUCCCUGUCAACAUCAUGGAUCCUCAGCAGAUACAGAUGUCCAUCCAACAGAUGAUGGCUGGAGUUGGUGAAGCCGGAAGGAAUGCCAGGGUCAGCACCAGCUCUGGGAGCAAUAGCUCAGUGGAUGUGCAGAUUAAUUUGGACCAUCCGGUGCAGAGUGAGCCCAGGAUGAGGCUGCAGCUGGCUGACAACCUGCUCAGAGAUGCUUGCUCUCUGAUCCACAGGCUGGAGGAUGUGUCCAGUGACAGCAGCUCCCACUCAGAGUCAGAUAUACCUCAGUCCUCUUCUUCCCUGCCUUCCUCCUCUGCAAGAGGGGCUACAGGAUCACAGCCCAUGGACACCACCCCUCCUCCUGCUCCAUCAUCCUCCACCUCCACACAGACUGAGAGACCACCCAACACUGGACCCAACCACCCGAGUCCAGCAGAGUUUGUGGAGGUGCUCUCUGAGGUCAGGAGGGUGGAGGAGAGGUUACGACCCUUCAUAGAGAGGACCCACUCAAUCCUCGGGGCAGCAACCUCAGCAGACUACAACAACAACACGCAGGAACGAGAAGAGGACCAGCGCGUUCUCAACCUGGUCGGAGAUGCUCUGCGUCUCCUUGGCAACACCUUGGUUGUCCUCGGUGACCUGCGCUGCAACCUGGCCACCUCUCCUCCACGUCACCUUUAUGUGGUCCGCCCCAUGGCCCACUACACCCAUCCGGUCCUGCUCCAGGCUGGUCUACCACACAUGCCCAUUCCAAUAAAUCUGGGGACAACAGUGACCAUGACAUCCAAUGGGAGACCUACAGCUGAAGGACAACGCCAGCCCUCUCAGGCCACUGGACAACCAGAUCAGCAGGCUCCAGGCCAGGCUCCACCUCUUCAGUCCAAUGGGACCACUCAUCAUCAAGGACAGGGAGGACCUCGAGUUAUCCGGAUCACCCACCAGACCAUGGAGCCUGUAGUCAUGAUGCAGAUGAACAUUGAUGGUGAUUCAGCUGCUGGCUCUCAGGUUCCAGGACAGGCAAAUGCUCCAGGUCAAGGUCAGCCUGGAGUGACACCUGUCCACUUCCCUGGACUGCCCCCUGAGUUCAUGCAGGCCAUCGUGCACCAGAUCUCCCACCAAGCUGCUGCCAUGGCUGCUGCAGCCUCAGCAGGCCACCCAGCACAGACAGUGUCCGGCCCUAGCUCCAUACCUAUUGCUGAGGGAACUGCUUCCCCACAACCCCCCCACCCUGCUCAGGCCAGAGUGGUCAUCACCAGACCAUCCUUCUCCCCCCGUAUCCCUCAGCCUGUAGGAACCAGAGGAACCACCAUCAACCUGAGGGCUACAGUACCAACAGCAGGCCAGCAGCCACGACAGGGCACACCACUGGCUCCAUCCUCCCUCACCCAGAUGAUCAGUGGUCUGGUCGGUCAGCUCCUGAUGCCUGGGCAGACCGGUGAUUCCAUGUCCAUGUCCUCUUCAACCAGUUCUCAGACCUCCUUCUCUACCUCUUAUUCAUCUGAUUCCUCCACCACGUCUCCUCCUCCCCCCUCUGCCAACACCUCUGGACAGACAUCUACCCACACCACCAGUACUACCUCUAUGGGCCAGCCAGGAGAGGGCAGUCCUGAGAGAAAUUUGGCCCAGCUCCUGGGCUCUCUGUUGGGAGGAGCAGCUGGGCCAGGAGGUCCUGGCUCUGGACCAGCACCCUCCAUCACUGUGACUCUGCCAGGGGUGCCCGGCCUCUUCCAGGGCGUGUCUGACUUCACACCACCACCUCCCAGCGGCCCUGGCACCCCAGCGCCCCCUCAGCCCACUGGCCCUGCCCCGCCUCAGGCCAGCAGCGGGGCAGCUGGAGACUCUCUGAGCCCGGAGCUGUUCACCGGCAUCGUGCAGGGAGUGCUGUCCACAAUGAUGAGCUCUCUGGGGGCACAACAGGGCAAUGAAGAGAGCAUUGCCCAGUUCAUCCAGAGGCUUUCUCAGACUAGCAACCUGUUCACUCCCGGCUCUGGAGAUGCUGUGGGGUUCUUUGGUGACCUGCUGUCCCUGGUGUGUCAGAGCUUCUCCAUGGUGGACAUGGUGCUGUUGCUUCAUGGGAAUGCCCAGCCUCUAAAUCGCAUCCAGCCCCGGCUCACUGACUUCUUCACUGAACACUACCUCCAGGGAAGACAGCCCACUGAUGCUAACAUAGCUACAGCAGCUGAGGACCUCAUCAAUGGUCUGGAGGAGUACAUAGCUGAGAGCUUUGCCACAGUGACGGUGCGAGAGGGAGUGGACAUCAUUCAGACCAACCUUUCUUUCCUCAGACAGCAGUUCACACAGAUGGCCUCACAUAUCCUGCGCUGCAGUGAUCACACAUUUGGCCCCCGCUUGCUGUUGCUGUGCACUCAGGGCCUUUUUGAGUGUCUGGCUCUCAACCUGUACUGUCUCAGAGGAGAGCAGAGAGCUCUGACUUCAGUCAUCAACCACCGCAUUAGGAGGAUGUCUGCAGAAGUCAAUCCUAGUCUGGUGAACUGGUUGACCAGUAUGAUGUUUAUGAGACUACGUGUUAUACUGGAACACAACCCAGUCACUGAGGACCAAAUCCAGCACUAUGUCAUCUAUGCACAGGCUGAGUUGAACCAGAGGACGGAGGCUGACAUUGAACAGCCAUCAGAGAGUCAGCAUGUGGAGAUGGAUGAGGGUUUGUCUCCUGCUGCAGCCACCACAGCAGAGGAGGCCAUGGCAUCAUCAGGUGACAGUGGAGAGAGGGGAGUGUCUCCUGGAGAGACCACACCCUCAUCAGGGGACACUCAGCGUCCUGCUGGGGCCCUGUCAGGACGGGAAGAGGUGGCCCUUGAGGUGGAGCCGUGGGCAGCAGCUGUUCCACCUGAAUGGGUUCCUAUCAUCAGGCAUGACAUGUUGUCUCAGAGGAAGAUCAAAGCCCAGCCACCGCUGUCUGAUGCCUACCUGCACGGGAUGCCUGCCAAAAGGAGAAAAAUGACACAGUGUGAAGGACCACACCUUUCCCUGUCAGACGCAGUGAGUCGAGCUGCUCGCUCUGCAGGUGUCCUGCCAGUCACUGCUCCAAACAGCCUGCAGGGGGAGCUGGAGAGGCCGGAGCUGCAGGAAGCAUACACUAACCAGGUAAAGAGUGACAUCAAAGAGCGUGUGAGAGACGAUCCAGACUACAACUCCCAGCGAUUCCCCAACACACACCGAGCUUUCUCCAUAGAAGACUCCUAAUCCUCUACAACUGCAUGUCACAGAGGAGCAAGAUCCAGAAGAGGAUCUGCACACACUACAUGUAGCAUGGAACCAUGGAACCAUGGAUCAUGUAGUGUGGUAACAUCCUAUUCCAAACAUGACCUGGAGGGAGUACAGCCAGUGGUUUCACUGAAUCAUUCCUCCUCUGACAUCACCUGGUGUAGUUUGGUAAAAAUGGAAAAACCUGCAGACUGUCGACCUUCCAUGGAACAUGGUUUAAAGAUUGUGAGCUACUUGAGCUUCCUCAUGCAUACAAAUUCCCUCUGCAUUCUGAGAAACUAAUGAAAUCAGUUAGUGACGCACUGAAUAUAAGAGAUGAUCUGACACAAGCAGGUCAUUACAGAAGAGGACUGGGGCCACAUGGAAGAAUAAGAUCUGGAUCAAUCUCAAAAUUCUGAGAAUGAUGUCAGAACUCUUGGAAGUAAAAUCAGAAUUGUAAAACUGUCAAAAUUCUCCAAAAGUCCAAAUUAUGAGAAUAACGACACACACUGUUGAGAAAAAACUCAAAAUACUGGAGAAAAAUGUCCAAGUCAGAUAUUCUUCUUUGAUACAAUUUUAAUCCUCUUGUGUAGGUCUGCAGCACUCUGAGCAUUGUAGCUUAAAAUAUGACAUAAUAUAGAGUAUUAAGGCCACUGUUAGGAAAAAAAUUUGAGAUCUUGAAAAUAAUGUAAUGUUUUGAGAAAAAAGCAACAAAUACAAAAUACAAAUAUUGUUUGGAUAGUUCUCACAGUUCGUGAGUUAUUGGCCAAAACGUAUAAUAAUUGACCACAUAGUGGCGCUGUUGCUCCCGUUUUUUUUUUUUAAUAUGUUAAGCAUUUCCACAUGGGACACCUGUCCAUGAAGUUCGAACACUUCAGCACUUUUAGUUUUUGAGAUAUGAACUUUCAAACAUUGCUCCCAUAGACUUUCCAUUAUAAAUUUUAAUACUUUAAAAAAUUAUAUAAAAUCACUUAAACAUGUUACAAUAAGAAGAGUAAUAGCAUACAUCUCCUCAUGGAGAUGUACGUUUUGACGUAUAAACAAAGUUUGUAUGACAAAUUGUACAGAAGUAGUUAGAUUCCAAAAAAUGGCAAAAUAAUAAAUAGGCCUAAAUAAUAAAGAGCGAAGAUAACAUUCACAGCUCUCACACAGUAAAGAGCAAAGAUAACAAAGUAAUUUUCUAACAAAUAUUUACUAUUUCAACAAAAAAGUCAUAAUAUGAGAAAAAAUAUUUAGUUUCAUCAAAGUGAGAGCAGCAGCAUACAUGGACAGUCAGGAAAAGAUCAAACAUGCACAUGAAAUGUAAUCUACCCAAUUUAAUCACAACACAUGACAUCUGGUGUGUUCAGCAAUAUAACAACUUUUUUCUUGAAAUACUGUGACUAUAUUCUCAUGACUUUUUUGCGUAAAUAUGAAUUUAUUAUUGCAACAACUUUUUUCUUAAAAUACUAUAACUUCAUCCUCAAAAUCUGAUUUUUUCCCAGCAGUGGUCCUGAUACUCUGACAUUGAGCAGUUAUAUCAUAUGUUGCAAAUUUAGUUGCAUUAUAUAUCUGUAUACAGCUAAACUGUAUAUGUGCUAAUUGUACAUAGUAAAUAAUGUGACAGUGUCAUAAGGUUUUGUCAGUGUCAGUCUGGUGACUAGUGUUGCUUGUCAUGUCAGAUUUUUAUUUUUAGCAUCAUUCCUUUAGAUAUCACAAUGAAUCAAAGAUGAUUAGUUCAUUUGUAUUUUAGGGCAUUAUCUGUCUAAACAUGAUAUUUCAGUGAUGUGGUCUUUAACUAUGUUCAACUGCAGUAUAAUAUUCUGUCACUGUCUGGAUGAGGCUGUGCUGAUGGUAGAAGUGUGUUAUGUUUGUCGGCGAGCACAGCUGUAGUUAGUGGAGGUUUGUCAAACUGUGAAUGGUCAGUCUGUGAGCAUCACUGAAAUAAAUGAACUUCUAAAUCAA